AGGUUUCUUGGUGUCUACGAACUGCCUGAGGUUAAACAUUUCAUCCAGUUCCUUUCUACCUUCUGUUGGGAGCAUUUUAUAAAAAGCUGCAGCCAUGAGCAGGGAUUCAGAAAUGGAAGUUUUUGGGGCCGCUGCCCCUUUCCUACGAAAGUCUGAGAAGGAGCGAAUAGAAGCUCAGAACCAACCCUUUGAUGCCAAGACUUAUUGCUUUGUGGCUGAUACCAGGGAGGAAUAUACAAAAGGGAAAAUCAAGGGUUCUGAAGGUGGGAAAACCACUGUGGAGACCCAUGACGGCAGGACAUUGACUGUCAAGCCAGAAGAUGUAUAUGCUAUGAACCCACCAAAGUUUGACAGAAGUGAAGAUAUGGCAAUGCUGACUCACUUGCAUGAACCUGCAGUUUUGUAUAACCUCAAAGAUCGCUACAGCUCCUGGAUGAUCUAUACUUACUCAGGUCUCUUCUGUGUCACCGUCAACCCAUACAAAUGGCUUCCUGUAUACAAUCCAGAGGUUGUGGCUGGUUACCGGGGCAAAAAACGUACAGAGGCACCUCCCCACAUCUUCUCCAUCUCUGACAAUGCGUAUCAGUUCAUGCUAACUGAUCGUGAAAAUCAGUCUAUCCUGAUCACUGGAGAAUCUGGUGCUGGAAAGACUGUCAACACCAAGCGGGUCAUCCAGUAUUUUGCAACAAUUGCAGCUACUGGAGAUGUAUCCAAGAAAAAGGAAUCCCAAUCCAAGAUGAAGGGGACACUUGAGGAUCAAAUCAUCAGUGCCAACCCCUUGCUGGAGGCCUUUGGGAAUGCCAAAACAGUGAGAAAUGACAACUCCUCCCGCUUUGGCAAAUUCAUUCGGAUUCAUUUUGGUGCCACUGGGAAACUGGCCUCUGCAGAUAUCGAGACCUAUCUGCUGGAAAAAUCAAGAGUAACUUUUCAGCUCAAGGCUGAAAGAAGUUACCACAUUUUCUAUCAGAUCAUGUCCAACAAGAAGCCAGAUCUAAUAGAAAUGCUUCUCAUUACAACUAACCCUUAUGACUAUCCAUUUGUAAGUCAAGGGGAGAUCUCUGUUAAAAGUAUUGAUGACCAAGAGGAGCUAAUAGCUACUGAUACAGCCAUAGACAUCUUGGGCUUCUCUGCUGAAGAGAAAGUUGGAAUCUAUAAACUCACAGGGGCAGUGAUGCACUAUGGAAACAUGAAGUUUAAGCAGAAACCACGAGAGGAGCAGGCAGAGCCUGAUGGCACUGAAGAGGCCGACAAGACAGCUUAUUUGAUGGGCCUGAACUCUUCAGAUCUGCUGAAAGCCCUGUGCUUUCCUCGAGUGAAAGUGGGGAAUGAAUAUGUGACCAAAGGUCAAACAGUAGACCAGGUACAUCAUGCUGUCAAUGCGCUUUCAAAAUCAGUCUAUGAAAAGCUGUUCUUUUGGAUGGUAGCUCGUAUCAAUCAACAACUGGAUACAAAGUUGCCCAGACAACACUUCAUUGGAGUGCUAGAUAUUGCGGGCUUUGAGAUCUUUGAGUACAACAGCUUGGAGCAGCUCUGUAUCAACUUCACUAAUGAGAAACUGCAACAGUUUUUCAACCAUCACAUGUUUGUGCUGGAGCAAGAAGAAUAUAAGAAAGAAGGAAUUGAAUGGACUUUCAUAGAUUUUGGAAUGGAUUUGGCAGCCUGCAUUGAACUUAUUGAGAAGCCAAUGGGCAUUUUUUCAAUCUUGGAAGAGGAGUGCAUGUUUCCUAAGGCAACUGAUACUUCUUUCAAGAACAAACUCUAUGAUCAGCAUCUUGGAAAAUCUGCCAACUUCCAGAAGCCUAAGAUUGUCAAAGGAAAGGCUGAGGCUCAUUUCUCCUUGGUGCACUACGCAGGAAUUGUGGAUUAUAAUAUUACCGGUUGGCUGGAAAAGAACAAGGAUCCCCUAAAUGAAACCGUUGUAGCACUCUAUCAAAAAUCAUCCAUUAAGAUAUUGGCAAAUCUUUAUGCCACCUUUGCUACUCUAGAGGAUGCAGAAGGUGGUGCUACAAAAAAGAAAGGUGCUAAGAAGAAGGGAUCAUCCUUCCAAACUGUUUCUGCACUUUUCAGGGAAAACUUGAAUAAGCUGAUGGCUAAUUUGAGGACAACUCACCCACAUUUUGUGCGCUGUAUAAUCCCCAAUGAGACCAAAACUCCAGGUGCAAUGGAUCACAGGCUUGUCCUACACCAACUGAGAUGUAAUGGAGUGCUUGAAGGCAUUCGAAUCUGCAGGAAAGGAUUUCCAAACAGAAUUGCAUAUGGAGAUUUUAAACAAAGAUAUCGUGUUCUCAAUGCCAGUGCUAUCCCAGAAGGCCAGUUUAUGGACAGCAGGAAAGCCUGUGAGAAACUAUUGGGAUCUAUUGAUAUUGAUCACACCCAGUACAAAUUUGGGCACACCAAGGUCUUCUUCAAGGCUGGUUUGCUGGGUCUUUUGGAAGAGAUGAGAGAUGAUCGUCUAGCAUUGCUAAUUACUCGCACACAGGCUAUGUGCAGGGGGUACCUCAUGAGAAUGGAAUACCAAAAAAUGGUAGAGAGAAGGGAAGCCAUAUUCUCCAUUCAAUACAAUAUUCGCUCAUUCAUGAAUGUCAAACACUGGCCUUGGAUGAAGCUGUUCUUCAAAAUUAAACCACUUCUGAGAAGUGCCGAGGCAGAAAAAGAAAUGGCCACAAUGAAAGAAGAAUUUAAAAAAACUAAGGAGGAACUUGCUAAAUCUGAAGCCAAAAGGAAAGAAUUAGAAGAAAAAAUGGUAUCUUUACUGCAAGAAAAAAAUGAUCUGCAGCUGCAAGUACAGUCUGAAGGUGAAAACUUAGCAGAUGCAGAAGAAAGAUGUGACCAGCUGAUCAAAACUAAAAUUCAGCUGGAGGCUAAAAUCAAGGAGCUGUCUGAAAGGGCAGAGGACGAAGAGGAGUUGAAUGCAGAGCUGACCUCCAAAAAAAGGAAACUAGAGGAUGAGUGUUCCGAGUUGAAGAAAGAUAUUGAUGACCUUGAGUUAACUCUGGCCAAAGUUGAAAAAGAAAAACAUGCCACUGAAAAUAAGGUCAAAAACCUGACAGAAGAAAUGGCAGUUCUGGAUGAAACUAUUGUGAAGUUAACCAAGGAGAAGAAAGCCCUCCAAGAGGCCCAUCAGCAAGCUCUUGAUGACCUACAAGCUGAAGAAGACAAAGUCAACACACUCACUAAAGCUAAAAUAAAGCUGGAGCAACAAGUUGAUGAUCUGGAAGGCUCCUUGGAACAGGAAAAGAAAAUCCGCAUGGAUCUUGAAAGAGCCAAAAGAAAAUUAGAAGGGGACUUGAAACUUGCCCAGGAAUCCUUAAUGGAUCUAGAAAAUGACAAACAACAGCUUGAAGAAAAACUGAAAAAGAAAGACUUUGAGUUUAGCCAACUGCAAAGUAAAAUUGAGGAUGAACAAAAUUUGGGAAUCCAGCUACAGAAGAAAAUCAAAGAACUUCAGGCUCGCAUUGAGGAACUGGAAGAGGAAAUUGAGUCUGAGAGAACGAAUCGGGCAAGAGCGGAGAAGCAGCGUGCAGACUUAGCACGUGAGCUGGAAGAAAUCAGUGAGCGGCUUGAAGAGGCUGGAGGAGCUACCUCUGCCCAGAUUGAACUUAAUAAGAAGCGAGAGGCAGAAUUCCAGAAGAUGCGGCGUGACCUGGAGGAAUCAGCUCUGCAGCAUGAAGCCACUGUAGCAGCGUUGCGCAAGAAACAUGCAGAUAGCACGGCUGAACUUGCAGAGCAAAUUGAAAACCUGCAGCGUGUCAAGCAAAAACUGGAAAAGGAAAAGAGUGAAUGCAAAAUGGAGAUCGAUGAUCUGGCCAGUAACCUGGAGUCUGUCACCAAAUCAAAGGGUAACCUAGAGAAAAUGUGCCGUACAUUAGAGGAUCAGCUCAGUGAAAUAAAGACGAGGUCUGAAGAAAACCAGAGAUCAGUGACUGAUUUAACCACAAUGAAAGCACGUCUGCAGGCUGAAUCAGGUGAACUGGCACGUCAAAUUGAGGAGAAGGAUAGCAUAAUAUCUCAACUUUCCAGAGGCAAGCAAGCAUUUACCCAGCAAAUAGAAGAACUGAAGAGGCAGCUCGAGGAAGAGACCAAGGCGAAGAAUGCACUGGCCCAUGCCUUGCAAUCUGCUCGCCAUGAUUGUGAUUUGCUCCGGGAACAAUAUGAAGAGGAGCAGGAAGCCAAGAGUGAGCUCCAGCGGGCCUUGUCCAAGGCCAACAGUGAGGUGGCCCAGUGGAGAACCAAGUAUGAAACAGAUGCCAUUCAACGCACAGAAGAGCUGGAGGAGGCCAAGAAAAAACUAGCCCAACGACUUCAAGAAGCUGAAGAACAAGUUGAGGCUGUCAAUUCCAAGUGUGCCUCCCUGGAGAAAACGAAGCAGAGGUUGCAAUGUGAAGUGGAAGACAUGAUGGUGGAUGUCGAGAGGGCAAAUGCACAAGCUGCUGCUCUGGACAAGAAACAAAGGAAUUUUGACAGGAUUUUGGCAGAGUGGAAGACCAAGUAUGAGGAGAGCCAGUCAGAGUUGGAAGGUGCCUUGAAAGAGUCACGCUCAUUGGGUACUGAACUCUUCAAAAUGAAGAACGCCUAUGAAGAAACGUUAGAUCAGUUGGAAACAAUCAAACGAGAAAACAAGAAUUUACAGCAGGAAAUAGGUGAUCUUACAGAACAAAUUGCUCAAAAUGGGAAAUACAUUCAUGAACUUGAGAAGGCCAAGAAGCAGGUAGAAGUGGAGAAAUCUGACAUGCAGAUGGCUCUAGAAGAAGCAGAGGCAGCUCUUGAACAUGAGGAGGCUAAAAUCCUUCGCAUUCAGCUGGAGUUAACUCAGGUGAAAUCUGAGAUUGAUAGAAAGAUUGCGGAGAAAGAUGAAGAAAUUGAUCAGCUGAAGAGGAACCACCUAAGAACAGUGGAAACAAUGCAAACUGCUUUAGAUUCAGAAAUCCGGAGUAGGAAUGAGGCCAUACGCAUUAAGAAGAAGAUGGAGGGGGAUCUGAAUGAAAUGGAAAUCCAGCUGAGCCACGCUAACCGCCUAGCUGCUGAGACACAGAAACACCUCAGGAAUGUCCAAGGGCAGCUCAAAGACAUGCAACUGCAUUUGGAUGAAGCCCUCCGAGGCCAAGAGGAUCUCAAAGAGCAGUUGUCCAUGGUUGAGCGCAGAGCUAACCUGAUGCAGGCGGAGAUCGAAGAGCUCCGGGCAGCUCUGGAACAGACAGAGAGGGGCAGGAAACUGGCUGAACAGGAACUUCUGGAUGCCACUGAGCGUGUGCAGCUCCUACAUACACAGAACACGAGUCUCAUUAACACAAAGAAGAAGCUGGAAAUGGAUAUUUCUCAACUUCAAUCUGAAGUGGAAGAUGCCAUUAAAGAAGCCAGAAAUGCAGAAGAGAAAGCAAAGAAAGCAAUCACAGAUGCGGCCAUGAUGGCAGAAGAGCUGAAGAAAGAGCAAGACACGAGUGCUCACUUGGAGAGAAUGAAAAAGAAUCUGGAUCAAACAGUGAAGGACCUGCAGCUUCGCCUAGAUGAGGCAGAACAGCUUGCUCUGAAAGGGGGGAAGAAGCAAAUCCAGAAAAUGGAGGCCAGGAUCCGAGAGCUAGAAUCUGAGCUUGAGGGAGAGCAGAAGCGAGCAACAGAAGCCAUCAAAGGUAUUCGCAAGUAUGAACGGCGAGUCAAAGAAUUGACUUUCCAGGGAGAAGAGGAUAGAAAGAAUGUGAUCAGGUUACAGGAUUUGGUGGAUAAGCUUCAGCUGAAGGUCAAAUCCUAUAAGAGACAAGCAGAAGAGUCUGAUGAGCAGGCCAACGUUCACCUCUCCAAAUACAGAAAAGCUCAGCAUGAGCUGGAAGAAGCUGAGGAAAGGGCUGAUAUUGCUGAGUCUCAAGUCAAUAAGCUCCGAGCAAAGAGCAGAGAAAUUUCCAGUACAAAGGUGGUAAUAGAAAGUGAAGAAUGAUUUCAAUGCAAAUCUGAAGCCAGGAAUGUAUGCAAAAUGCAUAUAUACUCUGAGCCCUGAUGUUGUUUGAAAACUCUAGAAAUCCUGUAAUCUUUCCUCAGUCACCCAAAUAGAAAAUAAACUAUGCUUUGCCUAAA